UAUCUGGUCUGGUAGGGGUUACGUUCAGUAUCGCCUGUAAAUAUUAUACAUAUUUUAAGCUUUAAGCAUGGCCAGGUCGAGAGAGGCGCUAGAGUCGCAGAGAAAAAUGAAAGAGCCCGUGUUGCGUAUGCACGUAGUUUGUGAGUAAGUGAGUGAGAGAGUAAUGUGAGGAUGCCAAAGAGAAGCGGUGGUGGUGCAGUUGAGUAGAGAGGGAGGAGAGCCAAAGCGCAAAUCGACAGGCGUGACAGCGGACUAUGGAGCAGAUCCCGUUUGAGCCCAGCGAGUUCGAGCGAGAGGCAGCUUAUCCCUUUCCCUUUUGCAACUAGUGUGCUGAAAACUGUAGGAAUUACUGGCUGAAAAGGAAUGGCUGAUCCUCUGCGGAGGACUAUACUUGCGAAACUUCGGGGAAAGAAAUUGAAGAAAGGAGCGUCAGCCGGUGGUGUAUACGGUUGUUCGGCUGCUACUGCAAAGAAGGACGGGGAAGAGCUGGACUGUGGACCGGCGACUGAAAGAAUGAGUACCUACGAGAAUUUUGACAACGGGGCGUUAGUAGAAGUCGGGGGUUUUCUUUUCCGGAAGUCGAAACGUGUGGUCUUUGCAACUGCUUGUCCCCGCUACGAGGUUUCUAGUCGUCGCAUGAACCCCAGUAGCGAGGAGAGAGAGCCGACCAGCAGCAGGUGUAGAUAUCGGGUUAAUGAGGAUCUCCUGGGGGUCCCACUUCAAAGAGGUGUGCAGUUUUGGGACUAUGGUAAGGAUACGAUCCUUCAGGAGCCAUAUUCUUUAGGCAAAGCGGGGCUGCCCAGUGGGGAACGCGUCGCAGGUCUGCACACACCGGGAAAACACUUUCCGCGGAAGUACAGCGUAGGCGAUUCAAUUGGUUUUGGGGAAAACCACAACCAUAACGUCUCCCAUACACAAUUGGACUCAAAUAGUACAGAAGUUGUCAAUGCCGCCCGCAUCUCUGACCUCGAUACUGACAGCGUAUGUUUGGACAAAGAAGCAAGAGUUCAUAGAUAUGGAAGCAGCGAUCGUUCUUUAAGAAUGCAGCACAUGGCGGAGAGUGUUGUGGCUGUAAACCAGCGUCGACAUAACGCCGAUUCUAAUUAUGACCAUAACCGACCCAUAAAUACAAAAUCUGCAACGUGCACCACACUCAUAAAUCCAACUUGUGACCCAAGCUAUUGCCUCACAGGAAGUAAUACCGAGGAGACCAUUUUAAUCAGAAACAUUGAGAGCUAUGAAAGCUCAGAGUUCUCUGGCAAAAUCAGGUUGAUCAACCUUCAGAGCCCAACCUAUUUCCCUACGGAAUCAGAAAUAAACAUGUCAUCGCUGUGUGCAACAGAAGGGUCCCCCAUUCGCCACUCUUUGGACAGUGAAGACGAGGACUACUACGAUAACGAAAUACUGCCCUUUUACGAAAGUGUGAGAAAUGGUGCAAAUGAGAUGACACGUGGGAAGAACCAUGAAGUGGUCCAAAGCAGGAAGGAUAGAUGCCAGGGGUUGAGGGACAUCAGCAUCCAAGAGACCGACCGGCUCCGGAGCCAGCUGAAAGAGGCCUAUUAUCUCCUCAUCAAUGCCAUGCAUGAUAUCAACCUGGACGUGCAGCAGCAGCAUAGUGAUGGUAAGAAGCAGCAGACGUACUCCUCUAGCAGCAGCCCCUCCAGGGACAGCCUCUCGGUAAAGAAUAUGGACAGCGACUCCUGGUCGUCGGGGGGGGACCAAAGCCCCCAGCGGUUGUCGGACUCCAACCCCAACCUGCUCUGCGUCAGCGGGACGCCUGGGUCCUGGUGCAGGGGCAGUAGCCCCCUAGACAGCAUCAGCCCCCUGGACAGCAGCAGCCUGGGGAACCUCCUCUCCUUCACCAGCUCCUCGGGACCGCCCAUACCACGCUCGGCUAGCGACGGCGCUAUCAGCUAUCACCACUGUAGAAGAGGGCCUGUGGCCAUGUGUGAGGGCGCAGCCGACAGCGGGAGUCCUGAUGUGUGUGAGGACUUGGCUGUGGUGGAGCCUACGGGGCCAGAGGUUCAGAAGGAGGGAAGAGGAGGCCACCAGGCUGCUAACCAAGAGGCCACCAGCAGCAAUGAGCAGCCUCAGGACGGUGUGGGCAAUUCAUGCCGGAUGCUGUACGCGAGCGGGGGCUCCUUUGCCAGCCUCACAGGGUCAUCCGACAACACUAACGCAGACACCCCCCUGCCUGAUGCCCCCAAGGAUCCCACAGGUGCACAGACUCUGGCUGCCCCCACCUGCACCUUGGCUAGACAGGGUCACCACCAUGGUGUCACGGUGAACAAGAUGCAGGAAUGGAUGCAUAAGGGCCCCCUGCUGUCGUCGGAGAUGAAGCAGCGCAUCGAGGGUUCGUCAUCAUCCUCCUCGUCUACCUCCUCCUCCAGCCCGCCAGCGGGGCACAAGGCAUGGGAGCAGGAGGCCAUUCGUGGGGCCCAAAGGGUGAAACCGCUGGGUCACGGCGGGGACAAGCCGGUUCCCAAGUCCCCCCGGCAGUCCACUGCGUCGUCGCCACAGCAACAUCCAGUUCCCGAUGAGAAUGCACAGGGCCGCGAGCCAAACCAACGACCCAAUGAGCCGCCCGGUUGUCGGUCGAUGCUCAACUCCAUUACUGUCUCCAAGAAGCGCAACUGGCUGCAGCAAAGCUCGCUGGGGAGGGUCCAUGGGGUCGAGGAGCCCCUUGGUGAUCUUGGGGCUGAUGAGGAGGGAGGACAGGCCCCACGUGACCAGCCUCUCAUUCGUCCCAGUUCUUCCCCUGAACUCCUGAUGCCCCCAGGGGUUUCAUCGUCACGCCCAGUGCGUUUUCACCUGCCGCAGGCCCGGGUCACACCACAGAUCCGGUGCAUUGACCCGGCUGAAGAAAACGAUGCAGAUGACGAGGGUGAGAUCUGGUACAACCCCAUCCCUGAGGACGAAGAACCAGCUCAGGUGACCAAAAACAACCCCCCCUCUAGGAGACCAGUGGCCUCACCUCCGCAGGAGAGCCAAGCCCCAAAGAGGAGGCCAAGCAGGUGCUGGGAUGGAGGCUCCUGUAGGACGCCAGACACCUCCACCAACACGGCCCGGCCAGAGAGGCUUAGGGAAGGCGGGGGCCUGGCCUUCAUUGCUGGCGGAGGUGAAGGAGGAGAUGGGAGCCAGGGAAAUGCCACACAUUCCAUAGAUACACCACAUCUGCACAGGCAGAUGCUUUCUUGCAAAUCUCAGGAGGAGGCGGGGGCUUCCGGCAGCAGAGCAACGGAAGGCUCGGAUGAUCCCCAGGCAGCUGGGUUCUCGCCUCCCUCCAGCCCCAACCCAGCCAAGAAGCCCAGUUCCCUGAACUGGUCCUUCCCUGACAAGAUCAAGUCCCCACGCACGGUCAGGAAAAUCUCCAUGAAGAUGAAGAGGCUUCCGGAGCUGAGUCGUAAGCUUAGCGUCAAGGGGUACCCCAGCAACGGCAACAGCAGCAGUGGCGGGGGCAACAGAGGCAGCCAAUCAGAGACCAGGGCCAACUCCUUUAGGCUGAAAAGCUCGGGUCCCGAGGCUAUGGCAAACUCCUCGAGACAUCCCAGGUUCUCUACGCCCGGUGGAGGAGGGGAGGCGAGCCACAACGUUAUCUCACGCUACCACCUGGACAGCAGUGUCUCCACCCAGCACAACUACGGCAAGAAGGAGAACAGUGGCGUGUCCAAGUCGGCCAUUAAAGGUGGCUAUCUCAGUGACGGAGACACCCCCGAGCUGGUCGCCAAGUCUGGGAAGCGCGGCUGCACGGAGGGCAGUGGGCGGAAGUGUAAGGAGUUGGGUCCCGGGAGUGUGGGAGCCGAAAAGGCGAUUUGGGGCACGGGGACUGCUGCCGGAGGGGGGGGCCCUCCAAAGCUGCACGGAACUGAGCUAGACAUCGACGCCUUCCGCCCAUACAGUUUCAGCCUGCAGCCAAAGUGCAGCCAGUACAUCUCGGGGCUGAUGAGCCUACACUUCUAUGGCGCAGAGGAUCUGAAGCUACCGCGCGUGGACUCACGUGAUGUCUACUGUGCCAUACAGGUGGACUCUGUUAACAAGGCACGAACUGCCCUGCUCACCUGCCGCACCAGCUUCCUGGAGAUGGACCACACGUUUAACAUCGAGCUGGAGAACGCCCAGCACCUCAAGCUGGUGGUGUUCAGCUGGGAAUCAGCGCCCAAGCAGCGCAACCGCGUCUGCUGCCACGGCAUGGUUGUGCUGCCGGCGCUUUUCCGCGUAACACGCAGCCACCAGCUGACCGUGAAGCUGGAGCCACGUGGGCUGAUCUACGUUAAGCUUAACCUCAUGGAGCACUGGCAGAACUCACUGGACGGGGGUUGGGACGGCAGCCGGGAGCGCCGGGUGUUUGGCGUGGAGGCGUGGCGCGUGGUGGAGCGGGAGAGCACGGGGCUCCUGGUGCCACUGCUCAUACACAAGUGCAUCACUGAGAUCGAGAAUAGAGGCUGCCAGGUGGUGGGUCUCUACCGUCUUUGUGGUUCGGCGGUGGUGAAGAAGGAGCUACGGGAGGCGUUUGAGCGAGACAGCCUUGCCACAGAGCUGUGUGAGAACACCUAUCCCGACAUCAAUGUCAUCACAGGUAACUGUAGUCAUCAACACCAUGGUUAUAACGAUCACAGCAAAGGCAUGCUUGCAUUGACUGUCUGCAAAAAUUUCGAGGAGUUUUCUGUUUGUAGUUAACCAACAUCACAGUUCAGGUUAUGCUGGCGCACAAUCUACACACGCAUAUAUAUUUAUCUUUUUUUCGUCCCACUUGGCUCCCAAUUUAAGAUUUUUUUUUCGUCUUUGGUAUUGUUGUGGGCAACAAUUGCAUUGGUCCAGAAGGGUUUGCAGCAAAAAAACGCUGCAGCAAUGAUCUUCAAAAACGGCAAAGCAAUUGAAUACUUCAGGGCAAUAGCGCCCCAUUAAUAUACGUCGUGCUUGUUCAGACUUUGACAGGCUCAGAUUAUAUUCUAAAAUUAUGUUAAGGAUCCAUACAGAGGAAUACAACCAACUCUUGACCAACAAAAUGAGUUGCAGUCACCUGUAGUUCAACCAGCUAUCUCAUUGGACUGUGUUAUGGCUCCAAGGCUGUGGAGCUGUGGUGGAGGUCGAAGAAUGUCCCUUCCAUUCCUCGGUCUUGGGAUCAGAGGUAGAAAGUAUUUGAUUGUUUUUUAUACAAUAGGGUUUGUUUCUAAAAGUUUAUUAUUCGGUGUGAUGAUCAGAUUAUGAUAUGUAUUAUAAUAUUGUCACUUUAAGCAUAAUGCAUCACUCUCUGUGAUGUAUGGGGAAGGUAGGUGUUUAAGAUGGGUGUAGAGGGUGUACAGAAAGUAUUUGGUUGGAGUUCAUGGAGGAGAAACAUGGUCAUGAUUUUUCUCCCACCUCCCUUCCCACAGUGAAAGAGGAAGGCGACAGGAGCUGCUGUUGGUUUUGGGAAGAGGCCCUUUGUGGGCCUCCUUCUAUCAUGCGGAUGCUUUGAUCGGCAUACAUUUGCAUUGCAGGGCAGAAAACACAGUUAACAGUUGAACGGCUUCGGAAAAAAGGGCACCAGUGCUGGAGGUGACUGUCAGUCUUUUCUCACCGUCCAAAUGUACCCUGCCCAGCUGAAAAAGGGUGGAUGCUUCACUCAUGUGUGUGUGUUUGUUGGAGUUGGGUCAAUGGUGUUAUUGUUAACUGCAAUAAGGGAGAUGUCAGUUUGUGAUGGUCAUGGAUCUUACACUUGUGUGUGCGAGUGUGCAUUCACAAACACACCAUUUUUUGCAUUCUCACUUUUGGAUGUGCUGAGACAUACCAUGCCGAGCUGAAUUGAGUUUCCACUAUCAUUUCAAAAGCACUGUGCUGUGCCAAACCGGGCCUGAUAUGGAUAAUCUCUGAGGUAAGGCCAAAGCGAGCCCGUGUGUGUGUGUGUGUGUAUUAGUGCUGUCAGUUUAACAGUGUUAAUUUUUUUAUUGCGCGAUUAACGCUCUUCCGGCUUGGCAAACGUUGUCGUUUUUUCGACUUCAGUUUCAACAACUAGUCACGUUAGAAAAACUACAACACCAUACCAGAUCUAGCUACACCGCAAACAAAACAACAAGUACGCCGCACAAACUUGUUGGGGGAAUCAAGGAUAGGGAGCGGGUGAAAAACUUCUUAAAAGUGUGCGUGUGUUUUUGUGUCACUCUGUUCGAGCCUACACGAGAGUUGUUGUCAUUAGCUGUUACGUCUUUUUAACCAAUCGCAGUUCAAGGCCCACCUGGGCUGUACCACUUUGGGAGGGGCCACUCAGUUACUCCCCUCUAGACAGCCCCAAAACGUUAACGGCCCACCGGGAAUUCUCCCGACUCUCCCGAUUACCACUUCCCCACCGUGUCUGUGUGUGUGUGUGUGUGUGUGUGUGUGUGUGUGUAGGCGUUAUUCGAUAGCCUGGUAAUGUGUAUAGGCCUACGUACGGUAGGAAUAUUCAUACUGGUUUAAAUAAUAAAUGUUAUAGUAUUUCCCAUAGUAUUUUGUUCGAAAGUUUAGAAAUUGAAACAAAUAAAAGCCUGGGCUAUUGAAGUUUUACGGUAGGCCUGCCACUGUCAUGCACCUACCCGAUGUCAAGUGGACCGGGUUGAAUUCACUGCGGGUCUCUCUUCCUAUAUCCAUCUUGCCAAAUAUAUUUUAUUCACACACUCUCUGAUCUAGCAGCACGAAAUCAAGGGAUAUUUAGAAUAGAAAAAAAUGUGCGAUUAAUCGCGAGUUAACUAUGACAUUAAUGCGAUUAAUCGUGAUUAAAUAUUUAAAUCGCUUGA